AUGAAUCACGAUUACCCUGACACAUCAAAUUUGAGACAUGUACAACAACAAAAUCGUGAACGACGUCGUUUAUACCUACAACAGAGAAGGCAACGCUCAGCUUCGGAACGAAAUGCUCAAACUGAACAACCACAAAGAGAAUUCGAACAGUUACGCCUUCAAAACUUAAGCACUGAACAACGCUCAGCAAGAUUGGAGCAACGCCGUCUUGCUCAGCGCAGGCGAAGAUUGUUUAUUCGUGAAGAAAGUGCGACCUCUAAUGUGCAACAAAGGGAAAUUCAAAGGGAAAGUUGGCGUAAUUACGCUAGACAAAGGAGGGCUGCUUUGACUAUUGAACAACGCGAACAACAACUUGCAAGGCGACGAACAAAUUAUCGACAAAGAAGGCAAAUAUCUGAAAAUAUCGAACAAACUUCUCAUCCAAAUCAAGUACAUAAUAUGACGAAUGCACAAACAAGUAGAAAUAUCCCUCACGUCGACCACGAUCAGGAUGCUUUCAGUGAUGAAGAUAUUCCAGAUAAUCGAUCAUUUAUCCAUAGGAGCUAUCAUAAUUGUGCAAGAAAUUUUCAUGAAACUGAAAGGUUCCAAAGAAUGCAGUUCCCUGCUCCAACUACAUGUAGACAUUGCAACGCAAGAUUGUUCCACCGUGAAACAUCUACCAUGUGUUGUAAUAAUGGAACAAUUAUUUUGCCACCAGUAACAGCUCCAAAUGAGAUAAUUGAUAUUUUCUCUGACCAAACAGUGGAAGGUCGUCAUUUCAGACAAAAUAUUCGAGCCUACAAUCAUGUUUUCUCAUUCACUUCAAUGGGUGUUCAUGUUGAUGAAAACUUAGCAACAAGAACUCGAAGUGUGUACACGUUUCGUGCACAAGGAGCCAUAUAUCAUAAGAUUGGGAGUCUCUUACCAAAUUCUAGCGACAGACCGAGAUAUUUGCAACUGUAUGUUUAUGACACUGACCACGAAAAUGAGAAUCGAAUGUCUGAAAAUGAAGAAUUGCACUUGGAUUUGCUUGACAAGAUAAAGAAUAUUUUAAAUACUCAUAAUCCAUUCGUACACACGUUCCGCCAAUUGGCUCAGCGUCUAGACAUACAUGAAUGCAGACUUCAAAUCAAAGAGCAACCACGUAAUAGGCCCCAAUACAACCUUCCUACUGCUCCUGAAGUUGCUGCAGUUUUAGUAGGUGGCGAAGAAGCUGGAAAUUUAAAACCAAGAGAUAUCAUUGUCCAAUCAACCAGUGGUCACCUCCUAAAUAUUUCUGAUAUUGUCGAAUACUAUGAUCCAUUACAGUAUCCUCUGUUGUUACCCUACAGUUCAUAUGGAUGGGAUGUAAAUACCAGAAACAAUGAUAGCAGAAAAGUAACAUGUUGUGAUUUCUAUUCUUAUAUGCUACAGAUUCGCCCUGGUGAUCAAUCUCUUUUUCUUCGAGGAGGUCGUCUCUUACAACAGUAUGUUGUAGAUAAUUACGUGAAGAUUGAGUCCAACAAAUUAAGAUGGAUACGUACUCAUCAGAAUCACAUUCGAGCAGAUUUUUAUCAAGGUCUUCUAGAUACAAUACAUGCUGGUGAAAAUUAUGGAGGUAAUGUUGGUCGUAGAACAAUAUUGCCAUCGUCAUUUGUUGGUAGCCCACGAGACAUGUAUCAGCGAUAUCAAGAUGCAAUGGCUCUGGUCCAAAAGUAUGGAAAACCUGAUCUUUUCCUUACGAUGACCUGCAAUCCAAAUUGGCCUGAAAUUAAAGCUGAGUUGCUACCUGGACAGUCACCACAUGAUCGUCCUGAUUUGCUAACAAGAAUAUUUCAUUCAAAAUUUGAUGAGAUGAAGACUGACAUUCUUACAAAACAUGUACUCGGUAAGGUUCUGGCAUAUGCAUAUGUUAUUGAGUACCAGAAAAGAGGCUUACCACAUGCCCGCAUGGUCAUUAUUUUGGAUGAAAAUGAUAAGUUACGCACUCCUGAUGAUUAUGAUAACAUUGUCAGAGCUGAAAUUCCAGACAAGAGAUUAGAGCCUAGAUUAUGCAGUGUAGUUCUGAAACACAUGAUACAUGGCCCAUGUGGAAUGUACAAUGAACGGUCCCCGUGUAUGACAAAUGGUCGGUGCAAAAGACGUUUCCCAAAGCCAUUUUGUUCAAUUACUACACUUGGAAACGAUUCAUAUCCUAUUUAUCGAAGAAGAGAAGGGGAGUCAGUUCCUUUAGAGAGUAAUCCAAGCGUCUUGGUGGAUAAUAGUUGGGUCAUUCCAUACAACCCAUGGUUGCUCUUGAAAUAUGAUUGUCAUAUCAAUCUUGAAAUUUGCAGUAGUGUUACAAGUAUGAAGUAUUUAUACAAAUAUGUUUAUAAAGGGCCUGACCGUGUUGCACUAGAGGUUCGUCAAGGUCCUAAUUAUGACGAAGUACAACAGUUCAUAGAUGGAAGAUGGUUUGUGCUCCAGAAGCAUUGUGGAAAAUAUUCAAAUUCUCAAUGA